CUCUGCACCUUUAGUCUCAUUUCCUGGUCUUAAAGCCUCACCUGCGGUGCUGUUAAACCUGGUAGGGCAGGCAGGAAUGCAGCAGACAGGACUCGCCUUCGUGGCCUUAGCUGCCUGCAUGGCCCUUCGUGCCUCGGAAGUCAUACUUCCCAUUGCGUCCAGCUGUUGCACCGAGGUUUCACAUCAUAUUUCCAGAAGGCUUCUGGAAAGAGUGACUACGUGUCACAUUCAGAGGGCUGAUGGGGAUUGUGACCUGGCUGCUGUCAUUCUUCAUGUCAGGCGCAGAAGAAUCUGUGUCAGCCCGCACAAUCAUACUAUUAAGCGGUGGAUGAAAGCACAAGCAGCCAAGAAAAAUGCUAAGGGCAGCAUUUGCCAUAAGAAGAAUCACCACAGCAAGAAGACCAGUAAAGGGGCACCGCAGGGGUCACAUGAAACAUACGGCCAUAGAACGCCUUAUUAGAGAGCUUACAAAUUAAUCUACAGUGGUGGUUCCUGAAGGAAACUUGGCCACAGCUGAUUAUAAAUUUCCCAUUUGUAAUAUUCCUUUUUGGAAUCCAACAGGGCCAAACAAAAUAUUAUUUUCUUUUAAAGGAACAAUUAUACAGUAUGCAAACAUAACUAAUAAUAUACUCAACUGAAAAAUGAAAUGGAAAGAUAAUACUUAUCAUCAGAUAAUAUUUUAAAAGGACUAUGUUAACAUAAUUCUCCCAAUUUUUUAUUAUGUAUUUUCCCCAAACCUACAGAAAAGUUGAAAGAAUGGGACAAUGAACACCUGUAUACCUUUCAUCCAGAUUAAUCAUUGUUGAUAUCUUGCCACGUUUGCUUUGUCUCUGUAUGUGUGUAUAUACAAAUAUAUAAAAAAUAUUAUAUACAUAUAUAUUUUUUUCUGAACCAUUUGAAAAUAAGUUACAAACGUUAUGACACUUUACCACUAAAUUGUUUUUAGUGUUAUAACUUGGCAUCCCCUAAGAAUUAGAACAUUUUCCUACAUAAUCCCAUUAACAGUUUUACACAUAAAAAUUAAAAAUAAUUCAAUAUAAUAGAUACAUAGUCCAUAUUAAAAUUUCCCAGCUGUUUCCAGAGCAUUUUAUAUAGUUAGUUUUUUCUUUUUCCCCCAAUCCAGGAACCAGUCAACGUUUACACUUCUCAUUCAAUUGCUGUAUCUCUUUAAUAUCUUCUUUUUUCCUUACUUUCUUUCCAUGGCAAGGACAUUCUUAAAAGAGUCUGGCCUGGAAUCUGUUUCACAUUCUGGGUUUGUCUGAGGUUCAGGGUUAAUAUUUUUUGGCAAAAAUUCUUCCUAUAUGAAUUUGUGUUCUUAUUGCUUUACAUUUGGAGGCUAGAGUUCAUUUUCUAGACAGAAAAUUUUAAGCUGAAUAUCAUGUUAAAAAGU